AUGGUGGUGGAGGAAGAAGGGGUUACAUUUAUCAACAACAACAAUUGGAGUAAGAGAGCAAAAAAAAAAAAAAUUUCCCCCAACAAUCUUAUCAAGAAGUUUAAGUCUUUAUCUUUUAUAUAUACAUUGUAUACUAGCCCUCCCCAAUUCAUGAUGGAGAUAUCACCAGCUAAUAUUAAAGAACAAUCACGAUCCAGAUCCAGAUCAAGAACUAGAAAUUCAACGGCAAAUUCUCGAUCAACUAGUGCCACUAGAAGACCUAGUUUAUCUUCCACCCAUAGAAGAUCAUUAUCUUCAUCAUCAUUAAACAAAUUAACUAUAACCACCACACAAGUUGAUCAAGAAAGAUCAGUUCCUUCAGUUCAAGUUUAUUUAGAUAAUUCAUUACCAUUAGAUUUUUUCAAACAAGAUAUUAUUGCACUUACUAAAACUUUAAAAAUUAGUAAAUGGCAUAAACGUCAAUUAACAAUUAAUAAUUUAAGUAUUAAUAGAAUUUCGGGAGCAUUGACUAAUGCUAUUUAUAAAAUUGAAUAUCAUGAUGAAUCACAAAACAUUCAUUUACCAACAUUAUUAUUACGAGUAUAUGGAAAAAAUGUUGAUGAAUUAAUUGAUAGAGAUAAUGAAUUAGCCAUAUUAAUUAAAUUAUCUCAAAAAAGAAUUGGACCUAGAUUAUUAGGAAUCUUCAGUAAUGGUAGAUUUGAACAAUUUUUAGAUGGAUUUAUUACAUUAAAUAAAGAACAAAUUAGAGAUGAAAUUCUUUCACAAAUGUUAGGUAGAAGAAUGAAAGAUUUACAUUAUAAAAUUGAAUUAGAUGCUAAAGAUUAUGAAAGUAAACAACCAACUUGUUGGAAUUUAAUUGAUAAAUGGUUGAAAAUUUUUGAGCAAGAAUUAUUACCUGGAUAUUUAGAAGUUAAUUAUAACCUUCAAGAUAUUUUCAUUGUUCCAUUUGAUCAAUUUAAACAAAUUAUUACAAAAUAUAAACAAUGGUUAUUUAAUAAAUAUGAUGAUAAACACUUUACCAAUAAUUAUAAAUUUUGUCAUAAUGAUACUCAAUAUGGGAAUUUAUUAUUACAUGAAUCAUUUAAUCCCAAAGAUAUAGUUGUAUCAACAUCAGAUACUACAAAUAGUUCGAAUAAUAUUAUUGAUGGCGAAGUCACUAUUAAAUCAACUUCCAACAAAAAAGAUACUAAUUUAGUGGUUAUUGAUUUUGAAUAUUCUGGAGCUAAUUUCCCUGCUUAUGAUAUCGUUAAUCAUUUUUCAGAAUGGAUGUCUGAUUAUCAUGAUCCAGAGAAAUCUUAUUUCAUUCAUCAAGAGAAUUAUCCUAAUCAAUUGGAACAAAUUAAUUUAAUCAAAUCAUAUAUCGAAUAUGAUUUCCAAUAUCCUUCAUCAAAUUUAAAAACUGGUAAAACUCCUGAAGAUUUGAUUAAUAAUACUACUAAUCCAAUAUCAAUUAUUCAAUAUGAAAUUGAAAAAUUAUAUAAUGAAUGUAUUUAUUGGAGAGCAACAGUACAAAUUUUUUGGUGUUUAUGGGGAUUAAUUCAAAAUGGUCCAUUGAAAAAACCAUUAAAUUCUAAUGCAUUAUCUGAACAAGGUAUUAAUUCAACUUAUAAUAUUACUGUUGGUGGGAUUGAAAAUUUGGAUAUUUCCGACCAUACUCAAGAUGAAAUAGCAGGCUCAAACAAUGACGCUCUUAUUGAAGAAAUUAUCACUUCAAGUGAUGAUGAUUUUGAUUAUUUGAAAUAUGCUAACCAAAAGGUAGCAUUAAUAUUUGGUGAUCUUAUUCAAUUUGGUAUAAUUGAUGAAAAAGAAGUUGAUGAAAAAUAUUUAUCUAUAAUUAAAUAUAUUGAUACUAAAACUUUUGAUAUUUAA